AUGCGUGUCUCAAUCCUUAGCUUGACACUUCUUGCAGCAGCCACAGCGACAGCCACAUAUGUGAUCGAAGAUGACUACGAGGCAUCAUCUUUUGCAUCCAUGUUUGAUUUCUACACAGACGAUGAUCCAACAAACGGAUACGUGAACUACAUCUCACAAGACGACGCGACAAGCUCCGGCUUGUACAAGAUCGAAAAUGGUGCCGUAUAUAUGGGAGUCGAUAAUACCAACACCGCCUCCGGCCGUGGUCGAGACAGCAUUCGAAUCAGCAGCAAGAAAUCCUACAACCACGGCCUGAUCAUCCUCGACCUUGCCCACAUGCCAGCUGGAGUCUGCGGGACGUGGCCAGCAUUUUGGCUACUGGGUCCCAACUGGCCGUACAGUGGAGAGAUCGACAUCAUCGAAGGCGUCAACGACCAAAACACCAACAAUAUGGCGAUGCACACGGACGCCGGGUGUUCUAUCACCAACACUGGCGCCUUCUCCGGCAGUCUGGAGACGGCCAACUGCGACGUGGACGCGGCCGACCAAGCGAGCAAUGCAGGAUGCUCCAUCCGCAGUGGCGACACCACCAGUUUCGGCAGCGGCUUCAACUGGAACGGCGGCGGCGUCUACGCGACCGAGUGGACCAGCGACGCCGUCAACAUCUGGUAUUUCCCGCGCAGCGGGAUCCCUGCCGAUAUCACGGCCGGCACCCCGGACCCGACCGGCUGGGGUCUUCCUCAGGGACAAUUCGCCGGCGGCUGCGACAUUGACAGCAAGAUCCAGAACCAGCAACUCGUCUUCGACGUCACCUUCUGCGGCGACUGGGCUGGCAACGUGUGGUCCUCGGACGCGACCUGUGCCAGCCAAGGGUCGACCUGUCAGGCAUUUGUGCAGAACAACCCGGCCGCGUUCCAGGACACCUACUGGCUCAUCAACAGUCUGAAGGUGUACACCGACAACGGCGGCGUGCCGAGCUCCAGCUCGCCCCACACCACGCCGACCGCAGCACCCACCACUUCUGCCGUGGCCGUCCCCACUGCCGCCACCACCCUCUUCACCAUCGUCUCCAGCAACAUCUUGACCAUCGACCUGCCUCCCACAACCACCUUCUUCUCGCAAGCUGCCCAGCCCACUUCGGCCGCUGCCGCUGUCACUACUGCCCCUGAUGUCCCUGCUAUCCCAGUCGUCCCAGUCGACACCACCCCCGGUGCAGCUCCAACCGUCACUGAAACGGUCGCGGUUCCAAGUCCGUGGAGCUGGCACGGCGGUGGCGGCAGAUGGGCAGACUGGAAAGGUCGCGGCGGUUGGGGUGGAAGAUGGGUCCGAUAG